AUGUCUCAAUCACAAUCCCGACUCUUGCAGCUCCCGGCUGAAAUUCGAAACAACGUCUAUGACUACUUGUUCAAGGAUCCAGACAAGGUCAUCCCCCACACCGGAGACACCUCGAAUCAACUCAAGCUCGUGUGCUGGCAGCUAUACCACGAGACCGCAUGGCUUGAGGUGCGCCUAAACGACAUCCUCAUUAUGAUCCAGGAUAGUUCCGAACAACCUGGUCCUGCGCAGCAACUGGUCACGUUCCAUUCACGGGGGUAUCCUAUUGGUUCAGACCGGCAUCUUCAAACGGUCGUUCUAAAGCAGAAUUUCAUCAACAAUUCUCUGAUCGGUCGUUCAUUCUCAAAGAACCCGCUGGAAGAUCCAAGCGGACAUAUUGCUCCAGUGUCCGAGUCGCACACUACCUUCCUACAACUCGCAGAUAUCUGCCGUGCAAGCCCUCAACUGAAAGUUCGUUACAUUCUGCCGGGCUUCUUCCUUGAUGAAAACCGGCCAGACGCAGCCCUUUAUUUCAUCUUGCAAGGCGUGUUUUAUACAUGCGCCAUCCGCGAAGGGAAUGAUUUCAAAUUGCUCUGGAACUUGCCAGCUCUUGCCUUUGCUGGAGCAAACAUUGCCGCUCGAGCCAACUUGUGGCUACGGUAUCAACACUGCAAAACCAAGGUACAACUUGAGAUGGAGGUAAUCCGCCACAGGAGAGGUCAAUACGUUCAAAGUUUACUUGGCGAGGAGGCGGAGGAAGAGAUCCGGGACUUCCUUGCCAGGGGCGGAUAUCAAACUAUCCACCGACAUGUGUUUGAACGAUUGCGGCUGCCUAACCUCAAGUUCUUUCCCACCUGUACCAAAUUCGACGAAGCUGAGUUCAAGCGGCUUCUGCUCAAUUCAGCAUCGGCUUCGCCUACCGCAGCUGCCAUGCUGAACGAUCUAGUGGCGCAGAAUCUCGUGGACUUCUGGGUAACGAAAGCCCGAAAGUGGGUGGAGGAGGGUAUCUGA